AUGGACAGCAACCAGGAGCGAAUGCCGAUUGCGCACAACGUCCGAAACGUCCUCAAGCUUUUCCGGACUGUUUCAACAUCGUUCUAUCAUGAAAUCGAUUCUCAGAUUGAGCAAGUCGAGUCCAACGGUCUACGCGAGCUGCUACUAACCUUGGAUAAUGAGAACAUCCGCUUCAAGAUGUGGGCUGGGAACUUAGCAGCCCAUCAGAGUGGCCCGGUAUCGCUCGAUCAUCGGUUGAGAGAGGCACCUCAUAUACAAGAGCAGGUCCUCUAUCUUCUGCGCGACAUAUCGGAGUCCCUAGAGGAUACCGGACUCCUCAUUCCUGAAAAGGGCACUUCUAAGGGCAGUGAAGAUGCGAAGGAUAAGCCGGAGUCUCUUCCUGAGGGCUCAGAUCCAGACAGCGAAGAUAGCCUCACCGACUCCGAUCUGGAUGAUGAUGACAGUAUCUCACCAGAAACGAGAUUGUCAACACUCUGCACCGAUAUCGCAGAGGCCAUCGACUGCCUUUUACGUCUCUCUCUCGCUAUCGCGAACCCAGCACCACAUGAGAGAUUCCGAAAGCUUGGAGCGGGCCCUGACGAGGAUGUAUCUUUCUACGAGGCACACGACGUCCGUUACGUCCAAGAGAAGUUCCCAGAGAUCAGCCAGGGCUUGUCCGAUGUUCUGGGCAAGUUCAUCACCCGUCGGCGCCAGUUCUUCAAGUACCGAGAGGCACACCAUGCCAAGUUGGCGGCAGGUUUGGAUCAAGAGACGCAGAAAGAUACAAAUCGGACAGAGGUUGUGCCCCAUACUGUAGCAUCCUCAAUUCCGGAACACCUCAAGGAAUCUAGUGUGAUUGAUGAAGACAGUCGAUCCAAUAUGGCCAUGUCUGAGACGUCCUAUGCUACCUCGGCUGGCUAUUUGAUGCUGGAAGAUGGAGAGAUGAAGCCUGCUCCUCCACUAAGGGUCCCUCCAAGACCGCCCGAGGCAGACAAGGGUGUCUUUGAAUACGUCACGUCUUUGGAGACCUCCGACCGUACACUUGCCUUUUCUCAAGGUGUGCUGAAUCAAAUACGGACUUUGAUCGACGACAUCGGUGGCAACUUCACUACCUUACCGUCUGCGGUUGAACUCAGGGAUCACAUUCGCCAUCAGCACCUACCAAGCGCGAGUGUAGAGCAGCUCAGUAUUGUCGUAGCCCGCGGCAGGGUAUCUGUCUCAAAGGAUGUGACUAAAGAAUGCCCUCUUUGCAGACGAGAUAUUUCGGGCUUGAAGUCAUAUAUCAAGCAUGUUGGGCGGCAUCUCGAGCAGCUGGCCCUGCACGCACUUCCUAGGAUUGGAGACAAGGAGCUGGAGGAAGACGUCGAGAGUGGCGACCAGAACGACGAAGCAUCGGAUCUGGGCGGUAUUGCGGUUGACGACAACAGUGAGACUUCUUCCAAAUACCAUGAGGAAUCAGACACAGACGAGGUGAAUAAACAAGCGGAACUAAGCGAUCCUAAUACUAGGAUUGUGGUGCAUGAUGGUGGAAACGACGUCAAUUUUGGCGAGAUGCCAGAUGCCGAUACUCCCAUGCCACCAGCCGCCUCUACUGCUUUUGCUGGUCAGCCUACAGUAGAGCCACCAAAGGCUGAAAUCGAGGCCAUAGCGGCCAGAGCUAAGGCCAUGCUCGAAAGAGAGUAA